CUGAUUGGUUCACAUUUGGAAAUGACAUUAACCAAGAUGGCGCCAGGAGACAGAGGAAAGUGAUGCCAGAGAGGAACAACAAGCGUCGUAGCUGGCACAACAGUGUGCACACAUUCUUUCUUUACGGCUGAUUACAACCAGACUUGUGUGGCGUCUCCGAGCAGCUGACGUCCCGAGGAGCCGAUGAGAUCAAGCUACUCUGUCAACUGUUUGCUAACAAGCGGCUAAAAGUGGCUAACGUUUAGCGCUCUGUAACUGCGGAAGGCGAGUAAGAGAGAAGGCAACAGCCUCAAGCAGAAGUUCGCUUCUUUGAAAAGUAACGUCUCCAUAUCAUACAUUUAAACCAGCUUUUUUUGGGAUUCUGGUGGAGUCAAAGCGGUUGUCAGGGAAGUUACGUCGUCGAUCUGAUAAGGUGAGACGAGGAGAGGCGUCAUCUUUGCUUCUUUGACGCCAUGGCUCACUCCCCUCUUCAGAGUGGACUGCCGGGGGUUCAGAAUUUCAACGCCGAUCCAGAGGAACUUUUUACCAAGCAGGAGCGGAUAGGAAAAGGCUCCUUUGGAGAAGUCUUUAAAGGCAUCGACAGAAAUACUCAGAAAGUUGUAGCCAUUAAAAUUAUCGAUCUCGAGGAGGCCGAGGAUGACAUAGAAGAUAUCCAACAAGAAAUUACAGUGCUGAGCCAAUGUGACAGCCCCUUUAUUACCAAAUACCAUGGAUCUUAUCUCAAGGGUACAAAAUUAUGGAUUAUUAUGGAAUAUUUGGGAGGAGGAUCUGCUCUGGAUUUGUUGGAACCGGGUGCCCUGGAUGAAACACAGAUAGCCACAAUCCUGAGGGAAAUUCUGAGAGGGCUCGAGUAUCUGCACUCUGAGAAGAAAAUCCACCGAGAUAUCAAAGCUGCCAACGUGUUGCUGUCAGAGCAAGGCGAGGUAAAGCUGGCGGACUUUGGUGUGGCGGGUCAGUUAACGGACACGCAAAUAAAGAGGAACACUUUCGUUGGAACACCUUUCUGGAUGGCACCUGAAGUCAUAAAGCAAUCUGCCUACGAUUCAAAGGCAGAUAUCUGGUCAUUAGGAAUAACUGCUAUAGAACUGGCUAAAGGAGAGCCGCCCCACUCUGAACUUCAUCCUAUGAAAGUCUUAUUCCUGAUCCCAAAGAACAAUCCGCCGACACUGGAAGGAAACUACAGUAAACUUCUGAAAGAGUUUGUUGAAUCCUGUUUAAAUAAGGAGCCUAGCUUUAGGCCAACAGCCAAAGAGUUGCUAAGACACAAGUUUAUUGCGAAGCAUGCCAAAAAGACGACCUAUCUGACCGAGCUGAUCGACAGAUACAAGAGGUGGAAGUCGGAGCAGUCGCGGGAAGACUCGAGCUCCGACGACUCGGACGAGGAGCUGGAGGAGGGCGGCAAAUCUAAAUCGAACGACAGCUGGAUCUUCGGCACCAUCAAGGACCACAGUCCGGUUGAGGAGUCGCCACCUGAGCCCGUUGAGCUAGCUGAGCCUGCAGAGCUGCAGGUGCAGGUGGAGGCGCAGGAGGAGACUUCAGAGAGCUUGUCGUCACAGAGCUUAACAUCAAUAUUCUCUCCAUUGUUCUCUGAGUUAAGAGCAACGGGUGAGACGAGUAAUGGAAAGCCAGAAGCUGCAGAGGAGCUGAGGAAGGCCAUUUUCCUGGCAGAGAACAUUCACCCUGGCAUCUGCGACUCUCUGGUGGCCGAACUGCUGCAGAGACUUCAGAGGUUUUCUGUGCCGCAGGCGGCCACCGCCCAGUGACGGCCGUCGCUUCCCGCCUCUGUCCUGCUCUCCCACCCCGACGGCAGCAGUCAGAUCUCCUCUGGCCUCCUCAACUGAGAUGAAUUUUCUCCCAGGAAGGCCUGCGUCACUCGUUUGGCUGAAGCAAAUACUCCUGGCCUCCUUACCGUGUGUUUAUCUGCUCACAGAGCACCAGAGGGUUGAACACAGGCUGGUCGGCGGCUGCUUACCCAGCUGCCAGCUGCUUUCCGAUGUCCCCUCUUUCUUCCUCUUUCUCAACCGUUUUAUUUUUAGACUGGAGUUAGUGAUCUUUCUUUUUUCUAGCAGGCGUGUGGAGUUUUUGGUUAGUUUGUUUUUUAUUUACAAAAGUUUACACUCUGUUCCCUUUUCGGAAGAAAACCCCUUGCUUAGUUUGUUGUGUGCGUGUGGUAGUGAGAGAUAACGAGUGGCAGCGUUCUGUUGAAAACUCAGGUAUCCUGCUUUAAGUAGAUUGGGUCGUCUGGGAGACGGAAGGAGCUCUUAUGGGUGGUUGUACAGACUUGUAAAUAAGCUCAUUUCUAUAGAUUGUUGAAAGUGUAACAGGGCGGUUGAAACAAAAUGGCCAAAUGCAAAGUAUAGGCUGUUGGGUAAAGAUUGCCUUGCUUCUUCUUUUGUACAUGAGUAUUUUUUUUUUGUUCUCGUCUCCAGUUUAAAUGUUCAUCCCUCCGCCGUUGUUUUGCCGCUGAAUUUCUUGACUUUUUUUUUUUUUUUUUAAUCCUCACUUUUUGCUGUGGCUGUAAUGUUGUGGUAGAAUGUAAAAGCUGGCUGGGUUUUUAAAGCCUCCCCAGUUGAAACACUGGAUGCUGUUCCCAGCCUUCGUUCCAGGAGGGUGGGCUUUGUCGACCUCAUCCUCUCCUGUUUGCUGUGCGUGAUUGCUCAGAGAAACUGAGGUUUCGUCCAUUCAUUCCAUUAAAAUGGCAGUGCCAUCAUCUUGUUCAUAAAUCAGCAGACUCUUAGUCUUCCUAGGAGCUGCACUGGUACUUCCUCUGGGUACCUUUUUAAUUGCACUUCAAGUAUAAAUGCCUUUACUAAUAGCAAAGUAGCCAUAAAGCAGUAGCAUGACAAUUGCAGUAUUUUUGCAGGAAUGCGCCGUAUUACAGAGUGAGGACAGUCGACUGGUCAGGCGGUGAAGUGUUUGCCUAGUUGUUUAUUUGCAUUUGGACUUGAUGGGAGGUUUUCAUACAGGCACAUCUCAACUGUAUUAGAAUAAAAUAAUUGAAAAGUUCAUAUAUUUCACCAAUUUGAAACAGAGAGUGAUUUUUUUUUUUUUUCAAAUAUCUGCUCAUUUUAUUGGUUAUGGCCUUUUGUGAACAGAGACCCGAACAUAAAAUUGAAAUAUUAAACUUUUUUUUUUUUGAAGCAGAAAUGUAAACAAAAACAUUUGACUCUUACACUUCCCGGCCUUCUCAAGACUAGUGGGCCUGUUGCUUGUGCACCACACCUUUUCCUUCCACUAAACUUUCCAUUAGUAUGCUUGUUUACAUCCAUAUGUGAAGGACCAGCUUCACACAUAUUCACCCUUCAUGUGGAGAGGCUCACUAACUGGAUAAAUAUGUAGGACCAAAGCAUGACAAACUGAAUUCUGGAUUUUUUUGUUGGCCAUAUUCCAUAACCAUCAACAUUUAAAGAAAUAAACUAUCUCACUCUCUGUGAUUUGAUUCCUUAUAGUUUUGAUUUUGUGUCUAAAUAAACUUUUCGAUUCUAAUUUGCUGAGGGGUGCCUGUUGAUGCUCAGUGAAAUCCCACAUAAGAUAAAACUGCUGUCACAUGUAAAUAUUAGGAGGCCAGAGACCAGCUGCACUGUCACUACUGUUCAAAGUGAUUGUGCAUGAUAGUGUUAACGGCACAGAGCCCAUAGAGCGACCUGGGUGGUAUGCGUUGUAGCAUACUAUUACAGGAUGGAAAGAUUGUCCAGUCCUAAACAGUGAUGAAGCAGCCUUAUAAUGUUUGUGAUGAAUGGGAUCAAUAUUAUCAGCUUUAAAAAGGUUGGAUCAGAUUUCUUUUCUUUUUUGUUUCCCGCUUUUGUCUUUUUGUUUGUGUUUUUUCUUGUUUGUUUUUUUUUUGCAUUAAAAUGCGUAUGCGGUGACUCUUGGUGAGAAAUAAUAAAAGUAUUACUUUCGUUUCUUUCCAGGAAACAUGUUGAACAGUCAGUCUUUAAAGUCAUUUACAAACCAUUGCUGUCGUCGUUGGUCGUCUUUUCUGCACAACAGCAGUUGGUCGACUGCUGUUAUGCUGUCCUUGCCAUGAGGCGGUGUGUGUGCACAGCUUACGCUAAAGGAAUAGUUCCUAAAGUUUAGGAUUAUUCAUACUUCUAACAGUUUUAAAGUAAUUGUUUAAUUUUACGAACAGGUUUCUUUUGACUAGUGGGCAGAGUCCUAACAUAAAUGUUAUAUUUAUUUAUUAUUAUUAUUUUUACAUGUUAAAUCUAAAUCUGCCAGGAGUAUGAAUAAUUUCAAGGCAAACUAUAAUUAAAACCUUUGACCUGGUAGCCUAAUUGGGAUUUUAAGAUUUGUCAAAGGAAGAACUCUGUCCCACCUUUAUUAAAUAGUCAUGGUACAAUUAAAUGCAAUCCAAAGCAAGUUCUGGUUUGUUUGGUAAAAUCUGGAAAUAUAAACCUUUUAGUCAUGUAUGAAAUUUUGAAGCAGCGUCAGGAUUCAGCAUUUAACCAUGGAUUUAUUAACUUUCUGACUUAAAAAAUUACGUCCAGCAAUUUCAUGCAUUUCAGAGUGAGUCAAUAUUAUAGUUUGUAGUUCCGUCAGUGCUGGUAUUCAGUGUCUCGGUGGGCAUGGUGUGUUAUGAGGUUCUCAGCAGAUCAUAAAUAACCUUAAGUGACGAAAUAUACCCACAUAUUUACUGUAAAAACGGAUAACAUCAUAACUUCUUAAACUCUAGUUUUUAAACAGAUUUCAAAAACUAGAGUUUUUAAAAUUGGCUCUAAAAAGACCAAUUGGGGGUGCUCUUUUAUUUUCCCCACAUGAUUUUCAAAGCAGCUGACUUUCUUUGUGAGGGGAAAAGAACAGCAGCAGGUGUGGGAGGGGGAACAAACCCCAGUCACUGUGGCGCAAAGUUAACUCUUUAAAACCUUGACAUACCAUAGGUACCAUUAGCCUACCCAUCAUGCCUUGGUCUCUGUUAUCAGCCAGUUUUGCCAGUGGGACCAUUUGACCAAAAGCUCCUGGGUUUCCUAGACUGAGCAGAUGUUCCUUUAACUUUGAAAUUGUGCCUUUGAAAAAAAUGGUCAGUUUUAUUUCAGAUUCCAUAACUGCGGCUCUCAGCUGGUUAAGAAAAAUGCGCCAGUAAUGAUGGAAUGUUAGAAAUCAGCAAACCAGAUCAAAAGCCACAAGUAUAGUUUAGCUUUGUCUGUUUCUGCUGUUCUGCAAAGUCGACUCGUCUUUUUUUUUUCUUUUUUGUGAAAUGUGCCAUUUCACCAAUUUGCCUCUCUGAUAAUAAAUGCAACAUCAUUUGCACCUUUUGCAUGCUUCUCUUUUUAUUUGUUGCACUUUCUGGGGUUUCUUUAAGUUUUGCGAGAAGUGGUACGACUCAAUAUCUUUCAGUCAAAUCAAUUUUUCUGUUUUUCCUGAGUUGUAUGUAGGAGCAUCACUUCUUUAUUAAAAAAAUCCAUUUUUUUGUAGCUUGGGUCAUGAUUGUGUUUGUUUCUUUUAACACUGGAAAACAAUCAUUUAACGUGUACAUUUCAUGUGGUGUGACUUUGCUGGCAGUUUGCUUAUUCACGGCAGUGCUGUUGGAUUUAUCAAAUGCUGUCAAAUGAUUAAGAACAAAAAUAAUUAAAGAUUGUUUGAACGUCUAAAUUUUUGAAUUUUUGUUUUGCUUGUCUGCAUCUUUUUAUUUUCUUCAGUGCCUUUUUGAAAAUUCACACUGAUUGUAUUCUGUAAUCUUAAAAAAAAAAAAGUUUUUCAAAAUGUUAGUUUGAAAUUGGUACUAAAUUACUACAGCAAAGAGAUGAAAUAUAUCAGCCGUGUCUGAAGUGUAAAACCUAUUUUCCACUGGUUUCACUUAAAGAAAUGUUUUCAACAAUCAUAUUUAACCAUGGAACUGUAGGGAUGUCAAGAACCUCUUAUACUGCUGAAUAAAACUCUUCUAGAAGCUAAAGUUGUGAAUUUACCUAAAAACGUGUUCUGUAUUUAUUGAUGAUUCAAACUGAAAUAAAUAUUUGUAGACUUCUAA